AUGCGGAAGUUGAUACUAUCUUUCAUGGGAGACAUCCACCUCGUUGGUACAGGAAAAGGUUGCGAUUAGGACCUGCUAGAAAGAUUGUUUAUCACCCUGUAGUUGUUAGUGACACCGAGGUACAGAGUGGUGCACCAUCCGCUUCUGCAGGUCUUGCAGGUGGAAUUUACGCUCAAACUGGAGCACAGACGCAAUCAGAUGUAGGCACUGUUGUGAAAACUCAUAAAAAUCCAUCAUUAUUUGACGACAUUUUUAACAUUCCAAUAUCCACCUUAACUGCAGUUAAUCAACUGUUGAGAAAUAAUGCGGGUUAAAAUGCGUUUUGUUGUAUAGUUUUGACGGUCGCAUAACCUACAACGAUAAUUCUCAAAGAACGCAUUUCUCUGCCGGCAUUGCAAUCACCGCAUCAGUAUGGACACUAAAAGUUCUUAUAAUUCCGUCCAAUAAUGACAUCAAUCCUAGUAGCAUAGAAUAAUUUCUAAAUAUUUCUUUGUAAUCUUUGUUAAAUAUCUCAAGUGACAGAUUUUUUAAGAUUUCU